UAUAUUGAAAUUAUUACUAACAAUAUAAAGAAACUUAACAGAAACCAACUGAUUCUGAAGUCUUCACAAUGUCCAUAGCUUCAUCUCAACAAAGCUUCCUAACAAAUGCUUUUACACUAUCCCACAAACCAAGAAAAAGGACUCUCUCUACUUCUGUUAAAUUUGUCUCAUGCAAAUUCCAACCAGAUGACCAAAAAGAUUGUUUCAGGAAAAAUGAUAACCAAAUUGCUAAGUUGGCUAUAGUGACACUUGCAGCUGGGGUGUUGACAGUGGGAUCAGUUGGUGUUGGUGUUGGUGAUGCUUUGGCUGCCAAGACUGGUGGUAGAGUUGGUGGUCAGGCUUUCCGGUCGGCGCCCCGAUCAGGCCCAAGAUCUAAUAGCAAUUCAAGGACAAAUAUCUAUAUAAAUCCACCGGUCGCCCCUCCUUUGGUUGGUGGAUAUGGUUAUGGUUAUGGUGUGCCGUACUACGGUGGCUGGGGUUGGUCACCAUUUUCCUUCUUUGCUCCUGGUCCAAGUGUUGCCGUUGGUGUAGGAGGUGGAUUCGAUCUUUUGGUUCUAUUCAUGUUUAUUGGUGCUGCUGCAGCUGUUGUGAGAAAAUUCUUUGGAUCAAAAGACGAAGAAGACGAGUACUAAUAUUGACAAAUGAAACUUUUUUGAUACUUUGAUAUAGUAAAUAUUGAAUGUUCUCUCAGCCAACAAGACAUUUCAGCAAGUUAUGCAGUAGUAUGAAAUAUCUGUAUGAAAGCUGUACUGCCACCAUCAUGUAUUAUGAUUAUGUUUAUGAAGAGUAACAAUCUUGUAGCAAAUAUUUUAUGCUUAGUUUUCUUUUUGAUACCUUA